GGAGCCGCCUGCCUCUCUUGGACCUCCAUCUCUUGGCCGUGUGGGAGGCAGAUGUAGAUACAACCUGAAUUUGGAAGAGACCACUAUUAAAAUGUCAGCACUAAGCAAUGAUUGUUCGCAUUUGGAGUCUGUUGGUGAAAUAACCAAGGAAGACUUAAUACACAAGUCACAUGGUACUUGCCAGGACUGUAAAGUGAAAGGACCAAAUCUUUGGGCAUGCUUAGAGAAUAGAUGCUCAUACGUUGGUUGUGGAGAAUCUCAUAUAGAUCACAGUACCAUACAUUCGGAGGAAACAAAUCACUGUCUAACAGUUAACCUUACCACAUUACGUGUCUGGUGUUAUGCAUGUAGCAAAGAAGUGUUUCUUGAUAGAAAACUGAAGUCUCAUUCUUCAAUGCAAAAUGUUCGACUGUCUCACAUCAUACAGGAUAUUAGGUUACCUAGUAUCCCUACGCUGAAAAUUCCUCUAAUUGCAACAUUUGAUGACCUUGAUGUACAAGUAGAUGAAGAGGAUGAAUUCAAGGCAAGAGGACUGACAGGCUUGAAAAAUAUUGGAAACACUUGUUACAUGAAUGCAGCUUUACAAGCUCUUUCAAAUUGCCCACCAUUAACCCAGUUUUUCCUUGACUGUGGGAGUUUAGCUCGUACUGAUAAGAAACCAGCCAUCUGCAGAAGUUAUUACAAACUGAUGACAGAACUCUGGCAUAAAAGCAGACCUGGAGCAGUUGUCCCCACAAACUUGUUUCAAGGAAUUAAAACAGUUAAUCCAACAUUUCGAGGCUAUUCUCAGCAGGAUGCACAGGAAUUUUUGCGUUGUUUGAUGGAUUUACUACAUGAAGAGUUAAAAGAGCCUGUUAUUGCAGUAGAGGAUAGUAUCCCAGCAAAUGAAGAGAGCAUGGAAGAAGAGAAGAGUCAAUCGGAUGUAGACUUUCAAUCAUGCAAUAAUACUGAUAAGGUAGAAAAUGAGGCUUGGUCAAAAUCUGUGGCAGAGGACCAAGCAGAGGACACAAUGUUAAUUCAGGAUGAUGAAAAUGCAUCCAAAGACAAUCAGAAAGAGAAAUCCUUGUGUACCAAGAUGAACAAAGCAAGCUCUGUGGAAGACAUAGAAAAAGACAUAUACAAUUUCUUUGAAACGGCUGAAUUUUUGAACAAUCAGGAAACAGUGAAGGUGCAAAUACACAGCAGAUACUCAGACUAUAUCAAUGAUGUCCAUAUGAAUGAUGUGUCUAUGCCACAAAGUUUUCCUUCAAAAGAUGGGGGGAAUGCACGUUUAUCAACCAGCCCUCCCAAAUCAGGUACUUUCUGGUCUGGACUGGGACCCUUGAACAAAAAAGUUUCAACCAUAUGUUCCCCCAAAAAGAAGAAACACAAAAAAUUCAGAAGUGUUAUUUCUGACAUAUUUGAUGGGACUAUCAUAAGUUCAGUACAAUGUCUAACAUGUGACCGGGUGUCAGUGACCCUGGAGACUUUCCAGGACUUGUCAUUGCCUAUUCCAGGCAAGGAAGACCUUGCUAAGCUGCAUUCGGCAAGUCAUCAGACCUCUCUUAUCAAGGCAGGCUCUUGUGGUGAAGCAUAUGCUCCUCAGGGCUGGAUAGCCUUUUUCAUGGAAUACUUCAAAAGGUUUGUUGUCUCAUGUGUUCCUAGCUGGUUUUGGGGUCCAACAGUAACCUUACAAGAUUGUCUUGCUGCCUUUUUUGCUAGAGAUGAACUGAAAGGUGACAAUAUGUACAGUUGUGAAAAGUGUAAAAAGUUAAGAAACGGAGUAAAAUUCUGCAAAGUUCAACACUUUCCUGAGAUAUUGUGCAUUCAUCUCAAAAGAUUCAGGCAUGACCUUAUGUUUUCCACAAAAAUUGGGACUCAUGUAUCCUUUCCCUUGGAAGGACUUGAUCUUCAACCUUUUCUUGCCAAAGACAGUCCAACUCAAAUAGUGAUGUAUGAUCUCUUAUCAGUAAUCUGUCACCAUGGAACUGCCAUCAAUGGACAUUAUAUAGCUUAUUGCCGGAACAAUUUAAAUAAUCGAUGGUAUGAGUUUGAUGAUCAGAGUGUCACAGAAGUCACCGAAUCAACAGUUCAAAAUGCAGAAGCUUAUGUUCUCUUCUACAGAAAAAGCAACGAAGAAGCUAAGAAAGAGAGACAGAAGGUAUCAAGCCUUAAUAUAAUGGAACCAAGCCUCCUCCAGUUUUAUAUUUCCAGACAGUGGUUGAACAAAUUCAGGACUUUUGCAGAACCGGGACCUAUUUCAAAUAAUGAUUUCCUCUGCAUGCAUGGAGGAGUUCCUCCACACAAGGCUACUUCUAUAGAGGACCUUGUAGUAGUGCUACCUCAAAAUAUAUGGGACAACUUAUAUAGCAGGUAUGGUGGAGGACCAGCUGUGAAUCAUCUCUAUGUUUGUCAUACCUGUCAAAUGGAAACAGAAAAAAUAGAGAAAAGAAGGAAGACAGAACUGGAAAUGUUUAUUCGGCUCAACAGAGCCUUCCAAGAGGAGGAGUUUCCAUCGAUAUUCUAUUGCAUCAGUAUGCAGUGGUUCAGAGAAUGGGAAGGGUUUGUGAAGGGCAAGGACAGUGAUCCUCCAGGGCCCAUUGACAAUGCCAAAAUUGCUGUCAAUAAAUGUGGAUCUGUAGUUCUGAAACAAGGAGCUGAUUCUGGACAGAUUUCUGAAGAAACAUGGAAUUUUCUACAGUCCAUCUAUGGGGGAGGACCAGAAAUCAUCCUGCGACCACCUGUUGCUCAAAUGGAACCUGAAUCGUUACAAACUGAAGAUAAGAUUGAGUUAGAAACACGUGGACUGUAGCCACCAACCCAAGGAUAAAUUCUAAUGAGAUAGCAUCCAGUUAACAACAUACAUUCCUAAGAUUUUUUUGUCUGUUUUUCUGUUUUAUUUUUGUUUUCCCUGUGAAAUAACAGGAGGUUGGGCAUUAUCGUGUCUGUGAAAAACAAAUUGAAACUUGUAAUAUAUAAAUUCUAAAAAUGUUUUAGAACCUAUCGG